CUCGUCUUCUUCUUCGCUCCGCAGAGGAAACGCACCGGAUAGAGCAGAUGGAGUAGAGAGCGAGAGGAGGACCGGAGAGGCUUGAAAGUUGUUUUUUAUUAUCAUUAUCAUUUAAUGUCUUUAAAACGUUAAAAAAAACAGGGUUGAAAGCUCCUCAGCUCUCCAGUUUGGCGCGGAUCAGACAAGGUGUUUUUCUGUGGAUUUACGCACGGCGCUCCUGGGACAGAGAAAAGUUUUGCAGACUAUUUUUGUUGCACAGGAAUGCUAAAACAGUGUGUUUUUAGCACACAGUAACUCAAAUUAUCAUCUUGAGCAUCUAUGGAAUGAUUUCCCACCUUUUUUUUUAAAUAUAGACUUGUAGAAUUUAUUCAUGGAUUAGAAUAAACUUUGGACUUUUAACAAAAAAACACCAGAAGAAAUAUAUGUGAAGAUAUAUAUAUCUAUAUGCUUUGGAGUAUGGCAACAGCAACUUCGAGUCCAUACCUCGCCAGCAGCAGGAUCUUAUCCGGACCGGUCCUCCACUCCUCAGAUCGGAGGUCUGGUGGUGGCAUGCAGCCGGGCAGCACCGCUGUGACCACGGUGUCUUCCAGCCACCACUACAGAGGGGAUCCCUCAGUCAAGAUGGUGCAGAGUGACUUCAUGCAGGGAGCCAUGGUGGCGAGCAACGGUGGAGGGCACAUGCUGAGCCACGCGCACCAGUGGGUCACAUCGUUGCCUCACGCGGCAGCCGCAGCAGCAGCAGCAGCAGCCGCGGUGGCAGCAGCAGCAGAGGCCGGCUCUCCUCCUCCGUGGUCCUCCGGCGGCUCCCAGCAGCAGCAGGACGUGAAGAGAGGAGUGAGAGAGGACCUGCACACGGGCACAGCUCUGCACCACCGGACCCAACAUCUGGGAGCACAUCAGGCGCACCCGGGGAGUUGGGGAGGCAGCAUCAGCAUCACCGAAGAGCAGCAGCAGCAACAACAACAACUCAUUUACUCUCAGUCUGGAGGGUUCACAGUCAACGGGAUGCUCAGCUCGCACGUGGGUCAGAGCCUCAUGCACCAGGGGAUGGUGCGCGCGGAGUCUCCAGAGCUGGACCUCCAUCAUCACCAUCAUCAUCACCAUGGUCACCACACGCAGCAUCAUCAGCACCAGCAGCACCACGAUGCCGCUCACUCAGACGAGGACACUCCGACGUCUGACGACUUGGAGCAUUUCGCCAAACAGUUCAAACAGAGGAGGAUCAAGCUUGGGUUCACGCAGGCAGACGUGGGUUUAGCUUUGGGGACGCUUUACGGCAACGUGUUCUCACAGACCACCAUCUGCAGGUUCGAGGCGCUGCAGCUGAGCUUCAAGAACAUGUGCAAGCUAAAGCCUCUGCUCAACAAAUGGCUGGAGGAGGCCGACUCCACCACGGGCAGUCCGAGCAGCAUCGAUAAGAUCGCCACGCAGGGCAGGAAGAGGAAGAAGAGGACGAGCAUCGAGGUGAGCGUCAAAGGCGCGCUGGAGAGCCACUUCCUCAAGUGUCCCAAGCCGUCCGCGCAGGAGAUCACGUCUAUGGCGGACUCGCUGCAGCUGGAGAAGGAGGUGGUCCGGGUCUGGUUCUGCAACCGCAGGCAGAAAGAGAAGCGAAUGACGCCGCCAGGACUGACACCACGCACACCGGAGGACGCGUACUCACAGGUGGGCAGCAUGGGACCAGACACACCGUCACCAUCCAUAGACUGCAAGAGGAUGUACAGCGACACGUGAGAAAUAAGUGUCCCGGACUAGAAAUCUGAACAACGUUGAAGUGUUUGAAUACAUUUUUAGAGAAAAUAUCUCAUGUUUCACCUAAAUGAUAGGAUUCACUUUUUUCUUACAGCUCCCCAUGACCUUUGAUCCUCAAUAAUGAUGUUAUCAAGUGUGUAUUCAUUUCAUUACUUUUAUGCAUCCUCGGGUAUUUUUCUGCACUAUGAAUCAGCCUUUGGGACAGAAAAUGAAAAGCUUAACUAAAGUCUAUUAAAGGCUAUGUUUGUUCGCCAAAAAAGCCUACAUAAUUAGCAUUUGAUCAAUCUGAUGCCAAGAAGUUAAAAAAAAAAGUAUCUCUGUAAUGUUAAAAUAAGUGUCCGGACUAGAAAUCUGAACAAGUGUUUGAGUACAUUUUUAGAGAAAAUAUCUCAUGUUUUCCCUAAAUGAUAGGAUUCACUUUUUCUUACAGCUCCCCAUGACCUUUAAUCCUCCAAUAAUGAUGUUAUCCAGUGUGUAUUCAUUUCAGUUCAUUGCAUCUACUUUUAUGCAUCCUUGGGUAUUUUUCUGCACUAUGAAUCAGCCUUUGGGACAGAAAAUGAAAAAGCUUAACAAAAGUCUGAUUAGAAAAGUAUUUAAAGUCUAUUAAAGGCUAUGUUUGUUCACCAAAAAAGCCUACAUAAGUGUCCGGACUAGAAAUCUGAACAACGUUGAAGUGUUUGAAUACAUUUUUAGAUAAAAAUAUCUCAUAUGUCCACCUAAAUGAUAGGAUUCACUUUUUCUUAAAGCUCCCCAUGUUCUUUGAUCCUCCAAUAAUGAUGUUGUGUAUUCAUUUCAGAGCAUCUACUUUAAUGCAUCCUCGGGUAUUUUUCUGCACUAUGAAUCAGCCUUUGGGACAGAAAAUGAAAAGCUUAACGAAAGUCUGAUUAGAAAAGUAUUUAAAGUCUAUUAAAGGCAAUGUUUGUUCACCAAAAAAAAGCCUACAUAUUGAACAUUUGAUCAAUCUGAUGCCAAGAAGUAAAAAAAAAAGUAUCUCUAAUGUUAAAAAAAUAAGAAAAAGUUCCCUUGUAAUGCUGCAGAGUUUGAUGUCCCACAGGCUAGACUGUUGAUUUAAUGCGCUUUAUUCAGCAUUAAGUUUUAAAUGAGCAAUAAUUUAUCUUCCUUCAAACGUGCUUUUGACUUUUGUGUUGUGUGUCAGUGGAUUUAUGUUGUGACACAGUUUAAGAUUUUACCAGUAUUGUGUUUUCCUUCAUAGGAAACUCCUUUUUUUUUUUUAAAUUAGCAAACAUUCCCUUAAGUUUAUGUACGAGUAAGUCUGCUGUGUAUUCUUGUGUGAUGGAUUGGACUAUUUAUUUUUUUUCCACUGUGUUUAUUUUCAUGGAAUAGACUAAUUAUUUAAUAAAUUUGACAUAAGGAAA